AUGUUAGCGUCGGAUAAAUGCAAAGUUGCACCUGACGAUUCCAUCUCUCUCCCCGAAUUCAAUCACGAGGAGCUUAAGACCUUUUUGGAGUUUCUUUACCGGGGAAACUUGGCUAAAGAAAAAUUUGAGAAGCAUUUUUAUUCCCUAACAGUUGCCGCUGACAAGUACGUCAUCCCGCAUUUACAUAAGUUUUGUGAGCAACAGUUGCUGAACUCGUUAGAUUCGACAAAUGCACUAAAAGUGCUGGAGAUCUCAGAACUUUGUUCGAACGAGACAUUAAAGCUUGCUGCCUUGAGAUCAAUACUGCAGUACAAAAACAGAUAUUUACUUUUACCUUACUUCGAAGAAUUUGCAAAACAGAACCCCCAUCUGAUGCCCGAACAAGAGCGGAACAAUGAUAUUAGUUAUGAUAGAGUGAGUGUUCAUACUUCGGAAACAAGUUCUACUGGAGAAGAAACACAAAGGACUGGAAUACCAGGAACAAUUGAUGGAAAUGAAGAAGAUAUGACAAUUGCAGAACUUACACAAAGAUUUAUUGCAGAACGGAGAAGAGAUGACGAAGAGAAUGCGAAUUUGAUUCGUCAAAAUGAUGAUCUGAGAGAAGAAAAUCUUAGGUUACAUGAACAGAGAUCAAGAAGUGCUACAAGGUCAAGAUCAAGGUCAAGAUCAAGGUCAAGAAGAAGUUCAUCGAAACAAAGUCAAUUUAACCAUGAAAAUGAUAGGCAAAGACAUCGCAUGGAAGUUAUUGAAGAAAAUUCGCAAGAAAAUAACAAUUCACAUGAUCAACAGGAGAGAAGACGCACAAUUCAAGAUCGAGGAACUGAACAAUAUGAACAUCCAUGUGAGCUUCUUCGUCGCACACAUCAUAAUCUUGAAAGAGAGGAAGAUGAUCCAAGACAAAAACAGAUGAUGUUACAUGGAAGAGAAAUGGUGAGGAAUCAGUAUGAGCGUGAAAAGGAGAUUACACGUGCGAGAGAUGAAAGAAAUAAACAGAGAAGAAGAGAAGAAAUUGAAGAGAGAGAAGUGCAGGAAGCGUUACGUCAAAACAAUCAUGACAAUAGAUUAAGACGACGUGAACGUUAUCACAUGGAUGAUACAGAAAAAAGAAGAGAUGGAGAAGAGAGGCAUGAUAUAAUGCAUAAUGAUGUGAACAUUGAGAGAGAAAGGCGUAGGCGAAGAAGAGAAGAAGAUGAAGAAUGUGAAAUACAAGAAGCAAUGCGUCAAUUAACAAGAGGCAAGAAUGGGAAUGCAAUGGAAAUGUUAAUUGCCCCAUUUAAUAGUCUUAUAUACAUGCGAGAAAUAAUAUUUUCAGCAUGA